UUAAUUUGGUCAUUCCAUAGGUUCUUUCCUGUCACUCCUUCCAUACUCUCUCCAUUGCUUUCUCUCUAUAUUUAUCCUUUUGUUCUCCACUCCAUCCGAGCGAAAAUGGUUUCUGGGUCCUUCACCGAUGAGUUCUCAUCGCCUGUCGCCGUGGACCGGCUGUGGAAGGCCGGCAUCCUCGAUACCCACAACUUGAUGCCGAAGAUUGCGCCGGACUAUGUCAAGAGUGUCGAGGUUCUCGAAGGCAACGGUGGGGUGGGCACCGUCAAGAAGUUCAACUUCACCGAUGCCGUCGAGGCUUUCGACUACGUAACUGACCGCAUCGAAGUGCUGGACAACGAGAACCACAUUUUCAAGUAUUCGGUGAUCGACGGAGGGCUGAUCGGGACUAGACUGAAGUCCUACUCUUUUGAGGUUAAGAUUGUGCCGGAGGCUGACGGCAAGAGCUUCGGGAAAGUUGCUGUGGAGUACGAAACCCUAGACGAGACCGAUCUCACCGAGGAGGAGAGAAGCAAGAUAAAGGGAGGAGUCUUCAUGCUGAUGAAGGGUGUGGAAGUAUUUUUGCUUGCAAACCCAGAUGCAUAUGCUUAGGCAUACCGUGCCGGGAGCCAAGGCGGAGUGCUGCUCCGAGGUGUUUGCUGUUUACUUGUAGUAUUUCAGUGUGCUUGUUUUUGAAUAUUUGAGAAGAGCAAGAUCGCCAGGAAGUGAAAUUUAGAAGGGUGCUAAUCCCGCAAUCUUGUCGAGUUCCUGUUGUUGUCGUCGAGUUCCCCGUUGUUGUUGCCGUGAUACUUUCCAGAUCAAUAAAAUGAUGGUGUGUCGUAGGAUACCAUGUCUACUUUCUGUAAGAUGCGAGCAUGUCGAUUUACAUAAAAUUGUCCGACUGAAUGAUUA